CAAAGCGUUGAUGGGGGGACCGGGUAUCGACCGGUGGUGGUGGACGCGAUGGACGCUUUGGCAUAGCGUCAAAGCUCAAAGCACACCAAUCGGGAAAGGAUGCUGGGCCAUCUGCUAUUAUGGUAAAUGGUGGCCAUCUCCGGGUUUGUUUGUGAACAGAAGUCCCCCUGAUGUGAACGACACAGUAUCGGUGACGUUGCGAAGAGCCCUGCGGACGAGGACGAAUACAGACGAAAAUAGCGACUACGAGCAGCUACAUUUUACGCAUUCGACGUCCACCAUCAUUCUACGCUCUCCAACGGAAGGGGUCUUAGGGAUGCCAUACAGGCGAGUACUUGAAUUGUUGAUGCACAGUUUUUUAAAAACAUCCGUUUGCACGGGCUAAUUCCUGCCAGGACUUAUCUGUAUCCCAUCGGAUGUAAAUCAGACUGUAGAUGAGUACCGAAUGACUAUUGCCGUUCAGUAUGGGAAAUGGAGGUGACCCACUACAUUCAUCGCAGAUACUGCGUGAUAUGAUUACGAGACU